CCUCGCACGUGCCUCGCUAUUUAAUGCCACGUCUGUGUUCCUCUUUCUCCUCUCUUCUCUUCUUCUUUGAGUUCAUCUUCAUCCAAAGAAGGAGAGAGAGAAAGAGAAGGAGAGAUGGGAGAGGAAGAGAAGGGAAAGAAGGAGGAAGAGAAGCCAAAGGUUGAGGAGGAGGAGAAGAAGAAGGAUGAAGGAGAAGCGAAGCCAGUAGCGGCGGUGGCUGCGGAGGAGGUGGCGCCGCCACCUCCACCACCUCCUCCGCCGGAGGAGAUUGUGAUGCGUGUGUUCAUGCAUUGUGAGGGUUGUGCUAGAAAAGUUAGACGUUCUUUGAAAGGAUUUGAUGGAGUGGAAGAAGUGAAGACGGAUUGCAGGAGUUGGAAGGUGGUGGUGAAAGGGAAGAAGGCGGCGGAGGAUCCAUUGAAGGUGGUGGAGAGAGUUCAGAAGAAAAGUGGGAGAAAAGUUGAGCUUUUGAGUCCAAUGCCACCACCAAAGGUAGAGAAGAAGGAGGAGGAGAAGAAGGUGGAAGAAGAGAAGCCUAAGAUUGAAGAGAAGAAGGAAGAGCCUGUUGUGAUAUCAGUUGUGCUUAAGGUGCAUAUGCAUUGUGAGGCUUGUGCUCAGGAGAUCAAGAAGAGGAUUCUCAAGAUGAAAGGAGUGCAAGCUGCUGAAGCAGACUUGAAGAGCUCUCAAGUGACAGUGAAGGGAGUGUUCACCGCGCCGGAGCUGGUUGAAUACGUCCACAAGCGCACCGGAAAGCACGCCGCCGUCAUCAAUCAAGAGCCGGCCGAGAAGAAGCCGGAGCCAGCGCCGGAAACAGAGCCAAAAACCGACUCCAAAGCCGACACCACCCCUGCUGUGGACUCCAAAGACAAGCCCGAAGCUACCGCCGGCGACGCCGCCGCCGCCGCUGAAAAGAAGGACGAAGCAAGCAAUGACGCCGGAGCAGCCAAGGAUAAGGAUGCCGGCGGUGAAGUGGCGGCGACGGCGGCGGAAGUGGCGGAGGAGGCGAAGGUGGUGGAGAUGAAGAAGUAUGAGUACCUGUACUAUCAGAGAUACCACCCGAUGGAGUACGCUUAUCCACCGCAGAUCUUUAGUGACGAGAAUCCUAAUGCGUGCGUUGUCAUGUAGAUUGACCGUUGGAUCGUGGUUUAUACAUAUUUGCGAUAAGGACCCUUAAAGUAUAUUGAAUUAUUAAUAAGUA